GACAGCGCAGAAAGGCAAAAAAAAAGAGGGCCGUCGUCAUUUUUCGUGUGGCAGCAGUAGAUUUUUGUGGACGGGUGGAACGAAAGAAAAAGAGCUCGAAGGAAAAGGUCAAUUUAUAUUGAACGUUAUUGCUGGCUCCUUUUUCCGGAUCGGUAGAAUCGCGAGUGUCGUGUCCGCCCGUACGAUUUGUGCGGAAAUUAAAGCCGAGAAUGUUGUGAGUUUUGCCCCUCCUGGGCCGCCAUCAAGGAGAGAAAUAAACAAUGGCUUAGAAAUAGACGUUGGACUUUUAUUUCGCAGUGUUUUAUUUAGUUCGUCCACUACUCGGUUUGCGCUAACGGGAUUAGUCGAUGGAAAAUAAAUGCAUCUAGCGCUGAAUCCGAUUGGCGACUUUUUGAGUAAAAAUUUGAAGCUGCGAAAGGAAAGUGGGCAGAUCCUUUUAUUGCUGAACCUUACGUACGGGUUGGUGAAGUGACGACGCUUGUGGUAAACGCAACGGAAAUAUUGGUGCUUGCGGAUUUUCUUCCAUGAACCGCUGCAGGCAUUUAUUUUGGCGAUUUUCCUUUGUGUCAGCUUUGAGCCUGGAUCACGCAACUACAGGACAAGGAAAGAAAAGCAUGAAAGACGUUCGCAGCUAGAAGAUCUAUCAGAUUGUCUGCAGCGAAACGGGGCUGUUGCGGAGGGGCAGCAAUCCAGUUUUGGUGUGUCAAAUUCCUUUCCCUAUACCUAUUCGUUGUCUUGUGGUUUGGAAAGCACAUCGUUUUACUUGAGUGCCGUGUUGUGAUUGAUAUAAGGAGUGAAACUAUCAUCAGAGAAGAUAAGAGAAAUAAUUAUUGCUCAAGUUGGACUUCAAAAAUCGACGUGAAAGUUAAAUCAAUCUUCGCACUUUCUCAGGAAUAAAUUGCUAGGGUCACCGAGAGGCUAACUAGCUAUGAAUACACAAGAAUUUCCACUGACCAUCAAUCGUAACUCUCCGAAGCAUGAAUUUCCACAGCACAGCGGAAGCAGCAUUAACAACAAUAACAAUGCUGACUUGUACCAUUAUCAGCAGCAAAAUCCCUACCCUCCUGGGAGCCCCUGUGGCCUUGGAGGGGGAGCAGGAAUGCCCCAAUCGCCGCAGCAGCAGGAUCUAACAAUCGAUGGCAUACCGAACAACUUUCCCCAUCGACGCUCGCGGGCAUCCCGAGCCUUCAAGAAUCCACCUCAGCCUCACAUGUGCAUCAAGGAGAAAACCAUCGAUGGCAAGGAAGUGUUCAUUAACGUACUCAGCUGGACGCGAAUCGCCAAUCCGGAUAACCCAGACGCACCCAUUCCGCUGUACGGGGGCAUGAAGGUCGGCAAGAUUCCUCCCGGGAGCCCACGCGCACCGCCACUAGUGUACGCAGUAAUGGCUAGUCCUGAGGUACUGAAAAAAGCUGGCAGAAAAUGUCCUGAUACACCGGAACGAAUGAAUUUGGUGGAUCUGAUGUGCGAGUUUGUAGAAGCAAUGAACCCUACACUACGUUUAUCUCGAAAACCAGAAAUCUUGAAGGAUCGUGAUCUCUCCGGUGAACUAAAAGAUGUCUGGAGUGCGGUGCAAGCUUGCCGCGACAAAGGACGCGUCGACAGUGGACCGCCGGAAAAUCUAGUCGUAUACACUGAGUUUGGCCCUGAUACAGCUCCUUCAUACGAGCAAUCUCAACAACAACAAUCACAAAGACACCAACAGCAACCUCAGCAUCUUCAUCAGCAGCAGCAGCAACAGGGCGAAGAAUACCAGCAGCGGCUUCAGCAACUGCAACAGCAAUUUCCCAUCAAUCAUGAACAUCACAAUAGCAGCAGCAAACAAUCGCCACUAUACAAGCAUCAACAAAGUGCAAUUACAAACAACAACAGUACCACUACGGAAACUAACUCAGAGAACCAGUAUGUCGACGCUAUGGACAGUUCAAACAGCAGCAGUUUCAGUGUCAGUGCCAAAAAGCAAGAACCUCAAACUGAGCAACGCUCCAACAGCAGCAGCUGCUUUCCCAACAGCAUAGACGAAUUGAACCGGGAAACCGAAAGUCUGACACUUUCUACCAACGGAGGCUGCAGCGGUUCCAAACCCAAUGGUAUCACACUGCCGACUGCCGAGGGCAGUUCAUCGCCCCCAAAGGAACAGCCUCCCGCAGCGACCUCACCUUCUUCAUCUUGCACCAUCGAAUGUAACAUUGUGCCACCAGCUGCUUCCGGCAACUCGCAGCAGCAAUCGUCACCCACAUCGCCAACUACCGCAGCCACGACAGCAGUCAGCGCUACAACCCAACCAGCACCCAUCACUACCACCGCAACUCCGCCAACCCCCCAGAAAGAGUCGAAAAACUCCUCCAGCCAUAACUUCUUCCCCAUGUUUCGAUCUUCCAAAUCAUCCAACAAUGACAAGUCGUCUGCCAACAGUGACAAAUCGGCUGACAAAGACAAGGACAGUACAGGUGAAACUGCACCGGACACUCCGGUGAAAUCGAGCAGUAAAAAGAGUGGAUUAAGCUUUUUCCGCCGGAACAAAUCGUCGGACAGCAAAAAGGAACAGCAACAGCAACCUUCGACACCAACUAAACAACAACCGCCGCAGCAGCAGCAACAACAACAGCAACCACCGCAGUCAACUGUCGAUAAUAAUAAGCUGAAUUUACUGGUGGACGAUAGCUUACUACAUCAUCACCAUCAUCAUCAUCAUCACCACCAUCAUCACCAUCACCACAUGGUCGAGGGAAGCAACGGCACGGCGGAGAUCAUCGAGAACUCGACAACUAUUGUGGCAAAGUGAACGCGCACUAGCGCGCGCUAAGAAGUAAGUAAGGUAUGUAUGUUUAUCCGGCGAUGCCAUACGAGUCGAACAGAAGGAAGAGGUAAGUCCGAGGGGAGGAUGCUUCGAAAAGGGUUGAGUGGGUUAUGAGGUUUUGAUUACGAGUAUUGAAUAGGCCCAAGUGGUUGAGCAUUGCCUGGUCGUGGGCGGAAUCAAGAUAGUGCCCAAAAUCCGGAAAUCAACAUCAUAACUUUAUUUCCAAGCGUAACAGUAGCCGACGCGUUAAGAAGUCUACGUAACCACUUAGGACGAAGCCAGGCACCUCACCACCACCAUACAAAGCUAUCUCAUAGUGGCUCAAGUUUGCAUGAGCCAAAACUACUUUACGUUUAGAGGAAAAUUUUACAGGGAAAUUUCUGGUCUAAGCAUGGGGCCACCACUUCUCGCUAACGUUUCAUGAGCGAUUUUGAAGUGAAGGUAGAAAAUGAUAAGCUAUUUCCACGAGUCUGGAGGCGGUACGUAGACGAUGUCUUUGCGUCGUUAAAAGAGCGCUACCUAGGUCAAACACUAAACAUGUUAAAUUCAAAGCACAGCACGAUUAAGUUCACUGAGGACAACGAAUUGGAUAGAAAGUUGCCUUUUCUGAAUCUAAUGAUCACACGGAAGAGAGACGAUACCCUAAAAUUGAGCCUAUAAAUAAAACCAACAUCCACUGACCGUUAUCCUAUCACUUCAGCCGCCAAUCUUUAGGUGCACAUGAGCAAGCAGCCUUUCACUCAAUAGCACAUAGAUUCUUCUACAUAUCUAUGAAGAAAAAAAUUUGAGGAAGAAAAGCAAUGCGAAAAGCAAAGCUGCAAAAGUGAACGGGUACAACGUGUCACCGAAGUUUUACAAAAACACAAACGCAAAAAACACAUACAAAACAUGACAACACUUCAGCCGGCAACAACACAGUUCAACGUGUAAGCCUACCUUUCUACUCCUAAAGUCAGUAACCCAAUUAAAAACGUACUCGGAGAACACGGAUUACACCCAAGAGCGACAACAAUUCACGGGAUUAUUGUGCAACUUGAAGGACAAGGUACCGCCGGAUCUAUAAAAUCCCCUGCCAAAAUUGCCCAUCUGUUUAUAUUUAGCAAACCUGUUAAAGUUCAAGUUCGCAUCAAGGAACACAAAACUGCCGUUGACAACAACAGAAGCGCACCAAAUCGAUUGGAGCUAAAGAAGGCUAAAUCAGUCCGGAAAUCAUUCCAUCUCAACGCAUGGAUGUCGAUGUAUAUUACCAACUCCCAGGUGUCAUUCAUAAAUGACGACGAUCAUCUGGAGUUUGUACAACCUGACGAAACUGAAAAUCCAGCAACAAUUUUUUUUCACUUCGGACGAAUACGAAGCUUAUUUGCAGUUAGUCGAACACCAUCCAGCUGAUAGGCAGCUCCGCGACUGAAACCGACGUUAAGAUAUUUUUUAUGUUUUUGUAUGAACAAUAAGUGUCGUGUCUUGUCUCACAUCGCGUUAUUAGAACCUUCUUCUUCUUCUUACCCACAAUUAGACCCGAGAUAACUCGUGCUGUCCGGUCUGCUUGCUACGAAGUCCUUAAUCCGUCUUAACCUGAGGGGGCAUAUCGUUAUCACACCUUACGAGUGUACCAAGAUAAAAAGACAUCGAUUAUAGCCACUUUCAGUGAUUUCCCAUUUCUAGUAUCUGACUACGUCGGAUUUCAAUUGUGAAUGUCCGAGUAUGAAUUCCCUCGGCUUCCAGCACAACUUCUUCAAAACAAUCAACGUGGAAUUUCUACCAUCGAAAGAUGAAGGUUCGCCAAACAAUUUACUGCCAUAAGAUUUCAGAUACGCCUACUGUGUCCGCUGCUAUAAAAUGUACAGUGAUUCCGGAUUCUUAAUAAAUCAAAUAUGAAUCAAGUGUGAACCCCCUGGACGAUAAUAGGACAAACCUGACGAUAAUAGAGCCGGUAAAAGCAAAGCAAAGCCUUGGUGCUACAUUCCUAUUCGGAACUCGACCUUCUGUUUAUUUAUAGACAGACUUCGCAGCCAACUGUUAAGUGUACAGGACAAUUGCGGGGCCAGCGCCACGAUCCUACUGACACUAACAGUCUCUCCCGAGCCGAGAUUCGAACCUACGACAACUGGCUUGUUAGGCCAGCAUCGUACCUCGAGACCAGCUGGGAGGUCGUAGAUAGAGCCGGUACCCUAAUUCAAUUUAUAAUAGUGUUCAGCCAGGAAUUCCUUCCAGUUUGACAAGGUGGCAGGGACCUGCUGGUUGUUUAGCUUACUUACCUUACCAAACAGUCCCAAGCCGUGGUUUGGCCUUUGCUGUACUGCGUAGGGUCCGCAGGUCGUCUUCCACCUGAUCGGUCCACCUUGCCCGCUGUGCACCUCCCCGUCUCGUCCCUGACGGAUUGGUUUCAAGAACCUUUCAACAUGUCCAGCCCACCGCAACCUGCCAAGGCGGUGUGAACGAUAAAUGGCUCCCCAAGCAGCUCCUGCAGUUCGAGGUUCAUUCGCUUUCUUCACACUCCGUUCUCCAUCUGCAGUCCUCCGAAGACGGUACGCAACGUCUUCCGCUCGAAGACUGCAAGGGCGCGUUGGUCCUCCAUAAGCAUAGGUUGUUUUGGUGCGGUGACGGAUUCUACUCGAUCGGAGUGUCCUCCGGAGACCAAAGUAAGCACGAUUUCCUGCCAUGAUGCGCCGUUGAAUUUCUCUGCUGGUAUCGUUAUCGGCAGUUACCGGUGAGCCCAGAUACACGAACUCAUCGACCACCUCGAUUUCAGCACCACCAACUUGAACUCGAGGUGGGAGGUUAGCACAGUCUUCUCGUGAACCCCUUCCUUUCAUGUACUUCGUCUUCGAUGCAUUGAUGACCAAUCCAAUCCGUUUGGCUUCGGCCUUUAGUCCAAUGUACGGCGACAUUAAACAGUUGAACCGACUUUUGGAAUAUCGUGCCACUCGUGUUAAACCCCGCUCUUCUAAUGACACCUUCCAGGGCAAUGUUAAACAGUAGGCACGAGAGACCAUCACCUUGCCUUAGGCCUCUUCGGGUUUCGAAGGGGCUCGAGAGUGCCCCCGAUACUCGAAUUACAGACAUCACUCGAUCCAUCGUCGCUUUGACCAACCGCAGAAGUUUGUCCGGAAAUCCGUAGUCGUGCUGGUUUCGAUCCAUUGGUCGUACGCCGAUUUAAAAUCGAUAAACAAAUCGCGGGCACCCAUGUAUCUCGCCUGGAAGUGCCCCACAAACUGCUUUGCAAAUGGUGAUAGUCGACGGCAGAGUAUUUGGGAGAGAACCUUGUAGACGGCGUUCAGCAGUGUGAUUGCAGCUCUCCAACUUGUCGCCCUUUUUAUAGAUGAUACCCUCUAUCCACUCCUCCGGUACUCGUUCUUCCUCCCAAACCUUGACAAUGACCCAGUGCACGGCUCUAGCCAGUGUUUCUCCACCGUAUUUCAAUAGCUCGCUGGAAAAUUGGUCCACUCCAGCAGCUUUAUUGUUUUUCAGCCGGCCAAUCUCCUCCUCCACCUCCAGGAGAUUGGGGGCUGGAAUCCUGAUGUCUUCUGCUCGUGCCCCAAGAUCAGUUACCAUGCCGUCCUCGCGCUCUACUGCAUCGCCGUUUAGAUGCUCGUCGAAAUGCUGCUUCCACCCUUCGAUCACGUCACACUCGUCUGUAAGGAGGUUGCCGUCCAAGCUCCUGCACAUAUCGGCUUGCGGCACAAAGCCUUUACGGAAUCUGUUCAGCUUCUCGUAGAACUUCCGAAUGUCGUUAGCUUGGUACAGCUCUUCCAUCGCUACGCGAUCUCGGACCUCUUGCUGGCGCUUCUUCCUUCAGAGGACCGAGUUUUGGCUGUUCCGUGCCUGUCGGUAUCGUUCCACGUUCGCUCUCGUACGGUGUUGCAGCAUUCUUACCCGUGCUGCAUUCUUGUCCUCGACUAACCGUUUGCAUUCGCCAUCAAACCAGUCAUUUCUAUGAUUCGGGGCCCUUGUACCUAGUAGCGCUACUGCAGUGUUACCUAUGGCGGAUCGGAUGCUUUUCCAGCCAUCUUCAAGGGUAGCUGCGCCAAGCUGCUCUUCCGUAGGUAGCACUGCCUCCAGCUGCUGCGCGUAUUCCUGUGCAGCCUCGGCGUCCCGCAGCUGCUCAAUAUUUGGUCGCGGCGUUCGACUUCGGCGGGUGUUAUACACCGUCGAUAGUUUUGACUAUACGGAGCUGUCUGCUCCAGUCGCAUUCCUUACGUCGUCUAGAAUCUUUUUGAGUCAUUGCCGGAAUACUCUCCAUCUCCAUUCGAACGGACCCACUGUUGGCGACUGUUUAAACUGGUUCUGCAUCAUAUUUGAACACUCGACGAUUUUGUCGGCAACCUCAGACUUGUUGGUUAGCAGGUCAACCAUCGUCAUCAGGUAACGGUUUCCCCUGGGAGUUGUGCCGGAUGUGAACACGGACUUGUUUGGAAACGGCGCCUGACUCAUUUUCCCUUCAUAGCAACCUCCACAAUCAGAUUUCACAUCGUGUUCCUGCAAGUUCAGUCCGGUUUCCGGUUCCCUCGGAAGAUUUUCUCCACAACUUGCAUAUCUCAAUGACCAAGACGACGAUGCCAUACAUGAAUGCAAUUCGGAUUGUGGUCUUCUGAUCAAAAAAAAUCAGCCGAUACAAGUUUCCUUCCAGCCUGAAGCAAAACCUUUCCAUUUUUCUGGAUUUCGCAGUUAGUUCUAUUGAACGAGACAGAACAUCCUUCGUCUGUCAGUCGGUUUAUCGACAGAAGAUUUCCGGCCAACGCUGGAACAUGAUACACUAAGUAUCUUGCAGUUCACGAACCCGAGUGUUAACUUCACCUCGGGGCGGCUUUGCAAUGCCAUGAUCGUAGGAUUCGGUCAGGCUCGACAGAAUAAUCGCAACCAGCCAAUCCUUCAACGCAUCACCCAUAUUCGACAGCCGACAGUUGCGUGAUAUUUCCAGUGAAGCCCACAUCUCACGAGCCGUGGUGCAGUGUAGUACGUGGUACGUCUGACCAUUUUCGAUCGAGAGGCCGAUCAAAGCCAGAGCCUUUCCAUCUUGGUAGGUCCAGGACGUAUUCGGCACUUCCGGCUUCUUUUUAUCGACGACAUUUUUGACUCCCUCUCUGAAUAGCACUAACUCUGUACGAAACUUCCAGAGCUCGUAGUUAAAAUCUUUCAAUUUUCCUACGCACAAGCUCACGUUCGAUGCCGUGGUGCAAGCUGUUCAGGCAAAUAAAUAGUAAAAGAAGUGUCCACUUCACAGAUCGAAAUGUUUCUGUCCGAAAAUAGCACUCAAACCGAUUUCCGAACGGAUUUCUUCAUAAUUGGCGAUCAAUUGGCACUCGCGACUCUGGGCCCAUAACCUGUUGGGCAAAUCUCACAUUGUACAACAAAUAAAACCUAAAAUUGUAAGAAGGGAUUGCAUCAGCCAAUUUUGCGAAAUCCAGCUGGGAAAUCGUCAAGAGUCGCACGUAUCAGCUUAAUCAAUUUAGCAUAACCUUCCACAAGUCGUUGCGUUUCACCGAUUCGUACGCCGUUUUGAAAUCUAUAAACAGAUAAUGUGCCUGCAAGUUGUGCCUCAAGAUGAACAUCUGGUCUGCACUGGUAUUUACCAACAAAGGCUUCUGCAACGACUUUAGUCUAGAGAACAGAAUACGAGAGACAGUUAUAUAUGCGAGAAUUGCUACAGUCAAAUCUAUUUUUUUUCUUAUAGACAGGCAGCUUGCUAAAUCUGACUAAAACUUCACUGGAAUUUUGUCAGGUGACAGGUGACGUUUCUGUAUAUACCCUUCGCCAUCCAUGUUCGAGCCCAUUUUCUUUUUGAUGGCCAGAGCUCCGGUUUACUGUGAAUCCCUUACCAAAUCGAGAACUUCCCGGCAAUUUUAUCAGCGAAAACGAGCUCAAAUUUGCUGGGGACAUCACUCUGAAAAUGACCUUGUGAACCUUCAGGCGUGAGAGAUUCGUACUUUGACAAAACAUUCCGAGUAUGUCUUUUAGCCACCAGAUUUUGCUACAGCGCCCUGUUUGAUUGCCGGCAGGCACGGAAAUUAAGAAUAACCUUCUCGCAUAGGUUCUCCGGAUGUCACCUUGGUUAGAAUUGUGUUUUUGAGAAUGUCGUAGUCCGAUAGUCCCGGGUUUAUUUGAUUAUUUGUUAUUAAUACCUUCAACCUCAGCAUCCGUUCCACUUUGACGCAUCCUGAUUCCUGUGAUCCAUCCGAGCAACGUUUUCACGCCGGCGAAAAUGUUCCACUUUCAGCGAUUUCCCGUUUUAUUACCUGACCACGCCGAAUUUAAUUGUGGGUAACCAUGAAGAAGAUUUGACUUCUUUCUUCGGCUCCCAGCCUGCUCAUCUUAUUCAAAACAAUUAUCGUGGAUCACCGUGAAUCUUCGAAUACCGAAAGGUACAUAUUUCCAAACAAUUUGCUGUCAAAAGAAUUCAGAUACGCCUGGCUGCUAUAAAAUGAACAAUGUUUCCGGGUUCUAAAUGAGGCAAACCGUAAAGUUUCAACCUUAACUGUCUUUCUCUGACUUUUGCAAUUUUUUAUCCAAAGCAUUAGAAGGUAACACUGUUAUGUUUUUUUUUUUUUCACAUUGAUUACACUGGUCGACAAAAGCUGUCCUAAAGCUCAAAAUAGCUGCCCUAGAAAAAUUAUAGCUUUUUAACCAUCCCUGUGAAAUUUGGUGCCUCUAGCCAGUGUAGAAAAGCGUCAACUUAUGUGAGUGUGUCGCAUAGCAAAUGCUCACCGGGUUCGUCGCUGUUGAAGCGAAAGAAUGUUGGUGGCUUUGGGCCUUGAAAUGGCUAAAAACCUAUAAUCUUUUUUUCUAGUUUAGGCUGCAGGGCCACACCUGUGUUGACCAGUGUUAUUAUUAGUGACGAAACCAAAUGAAAGAGGAAGAAUAAGGAUCAAUAAGAAUGAUAUUCCAUUCCGCUACCAAGACUUGAAACAGUUUGAAUUUAGUGAACUCUUAAAAAAAUCUCGCGGAAUAAAAGGCUGCAGAAUUUAGAACAGUAUUACAUUAAUUUAGUAAAAACCAUCGCUUCAGUAUCGAGUUUCGUCUGCUUCCCAAGCGCCAAAUGCCAGCUCGAAACCCUUGAAAUGAAAAAAAAAAGGUUCUGUUGUACAGUUCACUCCUAAUCAAAUCCUCCCAACCACUUCAACCAGAUUGACAGCGAAUGUGAGAUAUUUUACUUUUUACUCCUAGUGUGUAAGGAUACAACAAUGUGUACUUCAUCAAACAAAAACCAUUAAGUAAAAUACGAAGGUGACAAACCGUUGUCUAGGAUUUCUCAACUCUAUGCAUAAUGUCGAAAUGUUUUAGAGCAUACUUAAUUGUAUUUUGUGAUCUAUUAUAGUUGAUUAAAAAUCUAGUUUUUCGCUACAUUUGGUUUGACACGACGAUGGCCAAUCCAAUUUUGUCGACAUUCUGGACGCUGAUGAUGGGGGACAGAGAACAGAAGAAAAAAACUAUACAUUAAAACAAUUUCUAGCUGCCAUUAAAUCGGUGUGGCGUUUCGAGUAAAUUACAGUUAGAGACUCUUACAGCAUAGGCAGUGAAACUUUGAUACAGAAUCUAUAGUGGUGUUUUUACUGCGUCGAAUUACGUAUGCCCACGCAGUGGAUGUAGUACUGUAUUUAAUAUAAAUCUAGACACAAUUGCUGAACUAGUGGUUCUAGCAAAAUCUAGCCAAGUAAUAGAAUCGAUCAGCAGAAAGAAGACCGUUUUGAAGGGCGCUAUCUAGAGAGCCAAACUUGCAGCUUAGUAUUUUAGACGACACGGCAAGCUUCUUGCUGUGAACACAGCUUCUCUUACCCCAUUUAGUAAGUAUUAGUGAAAUCUGUAGGCUCACCGUUAAACAUUCUGUAAAACUGAUUGUUCUGAUUUCCGAUUUAUUAUAACUAAUUAGAACAGAACAUGUGCAGAGAAGGAAGAAAGUAAAAAAACUACUUGUUCGUAAGUGAUUUUAUGUUUGUUGUUCCUGACCAGUAUUGUGCGGUAGCAAUAGGAAGGAGGUCGUCCUGUUCACUGCUCUCUAAGUUUUGUAGAUUCGCGAACCAGUGAAAUAAUUUUCCAAUACAUGACACAUGAAGUAUUAUUACUACUAACUCUAAACCAUACCCUACUGACAAUGAUUUGAUCUCAAAAAUCACACCCGCAUCGACGAAACACAUCUAGACAGUUAAGUUCAAAUCGCAAAAAAAAACAGAGAGAGCAAACAAUCCUAAAACUUAAUCGAACAGGUCGCACAGCGAGUAAGUAGACCUAAUGCAGUAACUUGCUAACGUAAUCUCGUUAUUAUUUGGCAGUCAAUCUGUGACAAGCAAAAAUAAAAAUACAAUAUCAAAGCAAGUUUUUCGAAACUUUAUAAAUUUUAGCACAUUUAUAAGCGAGAUUUAAUGUUUUAAUGCGACAGAAAACACAAUAAAAUCGAAUAAUUCACGGGAGAGUAAAGGCCAACAUUGAAGAGACUUCAAAGAUAGGAUUGUGUUGACCAAAUGCAGCACAGGAAUGACUAGAUGAAUUCUUGUACCACAGAAUUAUUGACGAAGAAAUGCAGAACUUUGGAAAAUUAUUGAACGGUACAAGCACAACCAGCAAGUAUUGUUUUUCCUAUUAUUUAUUUCGAUUACUUUGAGCUGAGUUUAACUUCGAUUCUUUGAAUCCGAAACGGAUUGCUUUAAAUUGAUGAAAGGAACCUAAUUUUCGCGCAAAACAGUGAUACAAUAUCUCAAUUAGAAAUAUAUAUUACCCCUUCAGGCUAAACCUUUAACGAAUAUUUAUUCUAUUUCGAAAACAAAAAUAGUGCUAUUGAAUAAUUUAAACAAACCAUAUUAUAUAGUGUUGAACAUGCAUGUGAAAGGGAAAGCCAUGAGGGACAAGCUUAACCAGCUGCACUUUAGAAGCAAGUACAGGUGCGAACUUAAGUGAAUAUGAAUAAACAAAAUUUUAUAAUGUAA